CUGUCCUGAUACCAUUUAUAGUCACCGAUGACCUUUCUCAGGACGUCAAAGUGGAGUGGAAACUCACUUGUCCUGAAGAAAAGAUGAUCCACUUGUAUGAUAGUAGCAAAAAACAGCAUCUGUCACAAGAUCCAGUUUAUAGAGGCCACACGGAGAUGAAUGAAGACCCACUGAACACUAAAGACCUCAUUCUGAAACUGAAAGACCUUCACUUCACUGACAGUGAUGUCUACACAUGCACCGUCUACAAGAAGUAUGGAAACAUCCUGUUACAGAAAGUAGUGACACUCAAAGUCAAAGGAGGUACAAAGAAUCCGACUGGAGCACAGAGUAAAAACACAGAUGCCUCUGUUGUUAAACCAGCUGAUGGAUGAAGAGCAGACCCUGCUUUUGCUUUUCAACAAACAGCAGAGAAGAAUAUUAUGAUCAUGCAUGUACUUUUUAUCUGUAUCAGUGUGACGUGAACUGUAAUGUGAAUGUAAUGUAAU